AUGUGAAACAUUUCUGAUGCUGGUCCUGUGCCUGUUUACACGGCAGUCAGCCUGUGACAUCACAGUCCAGACUUUAUAAAUGUCAGCGGGCGAAAGAAUGAGCAGCGAGCAAACAGCUGCACCGUCACAGAGGUUAGAGAGAGACACACCGAGCUCCGUCAGCAACACCAGCCCCCAUGGACCGCCUGCUGUGUGCCUGUGUGAGAGCUCUGGCUGUACUGCUGUGCGUGGCUGCACAGGAGGUGUUGUGCCAGCAGUGUGACAGACCCUGCAGCUGCCCGGGACCUGUCCCCCAGUGCCCCUCAGGAGUCCCCCUGGUGCUGGACGGCUGCCGGUGCUGCCAGGUGUGUGCUCGACAAAAAGGCGAGCCCUGCACAGAGAAGUUCCCCUGCGACAGCCAGAAAGGACUGCAGUGCGACUUCAGCAUCAGCCUCCCCGGAGAGGCGGGGGAGUGUGUCAGUCAGGAGGAUCUGGGCUGUGAAGUCAACGGCGUAACGUACCAAGAGGGCCAGGCGUUUCAGCCGUCCUGUGACACCUACUGUUACUGCACGGGUGGAGGUGUGAGCUGUAAGCCGACGUGUCCUCUGACUGCCCGUCUGCCCACUCCGGACUGUCCCAACCCGCAACACAUCCGGCUGCCGGGGAAGUGCUGCAAGGAGUGGGUGUGUGAGAACCUGGAGAACACAGUGAUUCAAGACGCAAUCACAGCCAUGCGACCCCGCAGGUUUUGGCCAGCUCUCACCAGAAACCACAUUCUGCACAAAGUAUUCCCGACUGCUCCUCCCUGUGUGGAGAGGAGCACCAAGUGGAGCGCCUGUUCGCAGAGCUGUGGGGCUGGGGUCUCCACACGGGUCUCCAACCAGAAUCCAGCCUGCAAGCUGCAGAUGGAAACUCGACUUUGUAAAGUCCGGCCUUGCAAUGCAGUCCAGCCCACAGCCAGGAAACCCAUGUGGGGACAGCAGGGGCGAUGCACGGCCAGCUACACCUCACCAGGUCCCAUCCGGCUCAUCCACCAGGGCUGCUUCAGCACGCAAGCCUACAAGCUCCGGUACUGCGGCCAGUGCACGGACUCGCGCUGCUGCACGCCGUAUCAAACCAGCACGGCUGAGGUGACCUUCAGGUGCCCGUCCGGCAGACUCAUACGGAGGCCCGUGAUGAUGAUCCACUCGUGUGUUUGUCACAAUAGCUGCCCCUACGCACCUUACAGCAACCCGGCUCUGUGGGGAUUUAGGCCCUGAGUGAACAGAACGGAUAGUAAGAGAAGCCUUUAAAACAACAUCACUAAAUGUGUCCUCUUAACAAUGAACCUUGAAAAAGAAAAGUAUAAAUGGAGCUAAAACUGUGAUUGAAUUGGGAUGAAUGAUGGCCUUCAGACAUGUACAAUCUCAAUCUGCACUUAUUCCCUCAUCCUAAAUACUCUUCAUCUUGUCAAACCAACUAUUUGUCAUCUUGACUUUUUUGAAGAGUAGAAAAGAUUUGGUCAAUCCAGAGAGAGACAGCAGACAUAACUUACUGUGUACCUGUAUAUCAUAAUGUAUUAGAGUGAACUAAACGAAGUGCUCUAAAGGAAGAACAAAAAACAAAGUGGUCGACUGAGAAGACAGCAACAUGUCAAAGUAAUUACAAAGAUAAAGUAUUAAGACAAAAAUAGGGUUUUUUGAAAAAUAUGCACUGACUUACCCUCUCUAACUCUCCUCCAUGACAACAGGUCAUAAUGCAUCAAGUCAAUAGUGAACUAUCUGAAACCAAAGUCACAGGGAGCCGAUAGAAGAGAAAUUUAAACCGCCAUAACGUUUUUUUGUUGAACGCAUUUUUUCUGAUUUCUCGACUAUUUUCAG